AUGGCCCAAACACUUACGUUCGGUGACUCAUGCGCUCCAUUAACUUGUCACGCAUGGAAUAAGGAGAGAAAUCAGAUAGCUUUUUCUCCUAACAAUAAUGAGGUGCACAUUUAUCAGAAGGAAGGAAAUGAUUGGAAGCAAACUGACAAUCUGGUGGAACAUGACAUGAGAGUGAUGGGUAUAGAUUGGGCACCAAAUACCAAUCGGAUUGUGACUUGCUCUGUUGACCGCAAUGCAUAUGUCUGGACCCAAAAUGAGGAAGGAAAGUGGACAACAACUUUAGUCCUCCUGCGCAUUAACAGAGCUGCAACGUGUGUAAAGUGGUCUCCUCUUGAGAACAAAUUCGCUGUUGGAUCAGGGGCCCGUCUUAUAUCCAUUUGUUACUUUGAGAAAGAGAACAAUUGGUGGGUUUCCAAGCAUAUUAAAAAACCUAUUAGGUCCACUGUGAGCACUCUCGAUUGGCAUCCAAACAAUAUUCUUCUUGUCACUGGCUCAAAUGACUUUAAAGUUAGAGUGUUUUCAGCAUACAUCAAGGAUAUUGAAGACCAACCUGGGCCCAAUGUUUGGGGGUCUAAAUUGCCUCUGGGACAGUUGUUGGCGGAAUUUCCAGCUGCGGGUAGUGGCUGGGUGCACAGCGUUUCUUUCUCAGCUGAUGGGAAUAAAGUGGCAUGGGUUGGUCAUGACAGUUCUAUCAAUAUCGCUGAUGCUGCUCAAGGUAAAGCAGUGAUCAAACUAAAGACUGAGUAUUUGCCAUUUUUAGGCUGCAUUUGGAUAUCCAACAACUCUCUUGUAGUUGCGGGACACAGUUGCAUUCCAUUACUUUACUGCCACGAUGGUGAUAAUAUUAAGUUUGUUGCCAAAUUAGAUAAUACACAACGCAAAGAGUCUGGUGGACUAUCGGCAAUGAAGAAGUUCCAGUCUCUAGAUCGGCAGGCUCGUAUUGAGACUAAUGACACUUUUCUUGACUCAAUCCAUCAAAACGCCAUCACUUGUAUCAACCUGUAUAAAGGUACUAAAGCUAAUGCUAAGAAGUUUAGUACCUCCGGUCUGGACGGCCAACUAGUCAUAUGGGAUAUGGAAUCCCUGGAGAGAGCCAUUGACGGCCUGAAGAUUGUGUAA